CACACACACACACGCAUCCAUCCCUGGUUGUUUUAUCGAUUUUUGGUCGUCCCAGGGUCGAAAGAUGGCGGACCUCGAAGCAGUGCUCGCCGAUGUCAGUUAUUUGAUGGCGAUGGAGAAGAGCAAAUCUACUCCAGCGGCCAGGGCGAGCAAGAAGAUCAUCCUCCCGGAGCCCAGCAUCCGCAGUGUGAUGCAGAAGUACCUGGAGGAGAGAGACGAGCUGACGUUUGACAAAACAUUCAACCAGAAAAUUGGUUUCCUCCUCUUCAAAGACUUCUGUAUGAACGAGAUCGACGAGGCCGUGCCACAGCUCAAGUUCUACGAAGAAAUUAAGGACUACGAGAAGCUGGACUCAGAGGAGGAGAGGUUGAGCCGCAGUCGGCAGAUUUACGACGGCUACAUCAUGAAGGAGCUGCUGUCGUGUUCACACCCGUUUUCUAAGAAAGCAGUGGACCAUGUGCAGAGUCACUUAACAAAGAAACAGGUUCCCCCGACUCUGUUCCAGCCGUACAUCGUGGAGAUCUGCGACAGCUUGAGAGGGAAGCUCUUCCAGAAGUUCAUCGAGAGUGACAAAUUUACUCGUUUUUGCCAGUGGAAGAACGUGGAGCUAAACAUCCACCUGACCAUGAACGACUUCAGCGUGCAUCGGAUCAUCGGCAGAGGAGGCUUCGGAGAGGUGUACGGCUGCAGGAAGGCCGACACGGGCAAGAUGUACGCCAUGAAGUGUCUGGACAAGAAGAGGAUCAAGAUGAAGCAGGGGGAGACUCUAGCGCUCAACGAGAGAAUCAUGCUGUCGUUAGUCAGCACUGGGGACUGCCCGUUCAUCGUGUGCAUGACGUACGCCUUCCACACCCCCGACAAGCUCUGCUUCAUCCUGGACCUUAUGAACGGCGGCGACCUACACUACCACCUGUCUCAGCACGGCGUGUUCAGUGAGAAGGAGAUGCGUUUCUACGCGGCUGAGAUCAUCCUGGGUCUGGAGCACAUGCACAACCGCUUCGUGGUCUACAGGGACCUCAAGCCAGCUAAUAUCCUGUUGGAUGAACACGGUCAUGUUCGUAUCUCAGACCUCGGUCUGGCCUGUGACUUCUCCAAGAAGAAACCUCACGCCAGUGUGGGAACUCACGGCUACAUGGCUCCAGAGGUUCUUCAGAAGGGGACGGCCUACGACAGCAGCGCUGACUGGUUCUCUUUAGGCUGCAUGCUCUUCAAGCUCCUCCGAGGGCACAGUCCCUUCAGGCAGCACAAGACCAAAGACAAACAUGAGAUUGACCGCAUGACGCUCACCAUGAAUGUGGAGCUGCCAGACUCGUUCACUGCAGAGCUCAAAGACUUGCUGGAGGGGCUGCUGCAGAGAGACGUAUCCAAGAGGCUGGGCUGUCAGGGCCGAGGAGCCCUGGAGGUGAAGGAGCAUCAGUUCUUCAAAGGCAUCGACUGGCAGCAGGUUUACCUGCAGAAGUACUCCCCUCCUCUGAUUCCUCCCCGGGGAGAAGUGAACGCCGCCGACGCCUUCGACAUCGGCUCCUUUGACGAGGAGGACACGAAGGGCAUCAAGCUGCUGGACAGCGACCAGGAGCUCUACAAGAACUUCCCUCUGGUGAUCUCGGAGCGCUGGCAGCAGGAGGUGGCGGAGACGGUCUACGAGGCCGUCAACUCGGACACGGACAAGAACGAGGCCCGCAAGAGGGCCAAGAACAAGCAGCUGGGCCACGAGGAGGACUAUGCCUUCGGUAAGGACUGCAUCAUGCACGGCUACAUGUUGAAGUUGGGGAACCCGUUCCUCACCCAGUGGCAGCGCCGCUACUUCUACCUGUUCCCCAACCGGGUGGAGUGGAGGGGCGAGGGGGAGUCACGGCAAAGCCUGCUGACGAUGGAGCAUAUCGUCACGGUGGAAGAAACGCAGAUUAAAGACAAGAAAUGCAUCCUGCUGCGCAUCAAAGGAGGGAAGCAGUUUGUGCUGCAGUGUGAGAGCGACCCUGAGUUCGUGCAGUGGAAGAAGGAGCUGACCGACGCGUUCACAGAAGCCCAGAAGCUGCUGCGUCGAGCCCCCAAAGUCAUCGGGAAGGGUCGGGCCGGAGUGGUGGAGCUCUCCAAACCCCCCCUCACACACCGCAACAGCAACGGCCUGUGAACACACACACACACACACACAUGUAUACACCCUUAUACACACACACACAUACACUGCAUCCCACCUCCUCAUCAGGACAUUUGCCCUGACGCAACACACACACACACACACACACACUCGACCAAUCAUAGGUGCGACAUCGUUUAGUUCUUUUUUUGCCAUGGGACCUUGCCAGUUGACGGAGAGAGAGGAGGAAAGGAAACGAGGAGGACUCAGCAUGUGAAGGACCUCCUGCAUGAUGAGGACUGACUUCCCCCUCCCCCCCACUUAAGAGGCCUCGUCGGCGGGGGG